CUUCUCUUCACCACACCCUUUCCAGAAUCAAUGCAGCAUCUGUUGUAACAGAAGCUGCCAAGCCCGCCUGGAGGGGUGGAACAGAAUUCCUAUAUAAACCACAGCUCAGGGUCAUUUAUCCAGUCCUGCUGCUGCUCUGCCAUCCACAGCUCUGCAACCUAAUCAGAGCCAUGGUGCCCAGGAUUUUUGCUGCUGUCUUCAUUGUUGAACUCCUGGGCUCAUCAAAUGCAGAAGGAAUCACAGAUACUGCUCCAUGGCUGUGCCAGCCAGCGCCCAGAUGUGGGGACCACAUCUACAACCCCUUGCAGAAGUGUUGUGACGAUGACACCAUCCUGCCCCUUAACCGGACCCGCCUGUGUGGUCCCAACUGCAUCUACUGGCCUUGCUUUGAGCUCUGCUGCCCCGAGUCUUUUAGUCCCCAGAAGAAGUUUGUUGUGAGGUUGAAAGUUCUGGGAGUGAAGUCCCAGUGCCACUCAUCCCCCAUCUCCAGGGACUGUGGCAGCAGAAGUAUGUUUUCCCAGAGAAGACAAAGAAGAAAUUCAAAAUAUUACUAAAACAGGAAAGAAAUCCUGAGAGUAUGAAGAAAAAGGCACACUCAUACAUUGUUGGUGGGACUACAGAUUGGUGCAACCACUCUGGAAAGCAGUAUGGAGAUCCUUCAUAAUCUUGGAAAUGGAAACACCUUGGGAGAAAACUUGGAAUGGAACCACCACUUGACCCAGUUAUCCCACUUCUUGGUAUAUACACAAAACUUUAAAUCUGCCUACUAUAAUGGAUAUGGCCACAUCAAUGUUUAUAGCAGCUUAAUUCACAAUAGCUAAGCUAUGAAACCAAGCUAGGAGCCCUUCAACAGAGGAAUAGAUA